AUGGAGUUGCACUGGUUACCUAUUAAGUUAAGAAUUAAAUUUAAGAUUGUAUUAGUUGUUUUCAAGAUUUUUAAGGGUUUUGCACCGUCUUAUUUAAGUUCUCUAAUUACACGCAAGUCCGAGUCAAGGUAUAAUUUAAGGAAUUCUAGGGAUAAGACCUUACUCAGUUAUCCUAGUUUUAAGUCUAAGGCAACACUUGGUGACCGAGCAUUUAUGUUUGCGGCACCUAAGCUAUGGAAUAAUUUACCAAGGGAUAUACGAGAAUCUAGUUCUAUUAAUAGUUUUAAAUCAAAGCUUAAGACGUUUCUUUUUAAGAAAGCAUUUUAUAAUUGA